CUCGCAAAUCGUCACCGUCCUGUUCAUCGAAAAGUGGACGGUCAUGGAUGGGAAAUACCUUCCGCGAGGUGAAGCAAGCUGAUGUGGCAUCCCUGGCCAAGGAAACAAACAAAGCAAAUACACAAAAAAUAACAGAAGAAUCUCCAAUAACAGGAACGUCACAAAGUAAUCGGAGAAGACUUUCUAGUGCACCCUGUCAAAAAAUAAAGCAAUCCUCUGGUAAACUGUUUCGUAAUAUUGCAUCUGCAAAACCAAAAUACUUGUAUAGUAAUUCAGAAUAUUCUACAGAAAACCUCGUUAAUGCCAACUGUUGUGAUAAACGAAGCACAAUAUUUGAUCCAAUUUCUUUUCAUAGUGUCGCAGGUGUUUCAUCUGACAAAAGUGGUUUCUCAUCUCUCAAGAGGAAUCUAGAACCUAUAUGUCUCAAAGCAGUUCCUCCAGAAGAUAGCUGUAAGAACAAUGUAUAUGAUAUGCAUGUUAAUAAUAAGCAAAAUUUCAGUGCAAAAGUGUCCCAAUGUAUGUUCUUUCCAUCUUUAAAAACAAAGGAUUUCAUUCAUGGAGAUUCCAAUAUAGCUACUGAAGCAUCAUCUUGCUUAUCAAGUGAAGAAAGUAGUAAUCCUUCUGAGUCAUCUGUAUUUCGAGAAAACAGACUUAAGUGUAAGAAGGAAAAACAUUCAUUCACUGUCAAAUCAGGCAUGUACUUUCCUUUGCACAAAAGUGCCCAAAUAGAACCUGAAAAAAACAUUUCUCCAAGGUACAAACAGAGAGAAUAUAAUACAGCCACUUCCAACUAUUAUAAUACAACAACAGAGUGCUAUAAAAUACCAUGUACAGUUGUCCAUUGUGGGACUCAGACAGAUAUUUCAUUUUUGGCGUCAAGGGACACCCAAAUUUUGGAACCAGUGCCCAACAGACCUGUUUCUAAUCCAUGGUUUAUGCUGCAUAAAGCAACAAAUACAAGCAAUGAAAACUGCAGCUUGUUUGAAACAUCAAAUGAAUAUUUAAAUAUGAAAAGUGUGAACUUUUUACACUUAAAAACACGUGAGAAUGAAGAGGUAUUCUCUAAAGGCAGCUCACAUAAUAAUCUGCACAAAAGUAGCCAUAACAAUACCAUAGACAAAUGUGAUCAGAAAAUGAAUCAGACAUGUUGUGGGAGUGGUUGUUUCUCUAGAAUUUUUAGUUGUUGUUUCUGAAUAAGUGUAAUGUGAUUUGGUAGUCAUACUGUAAACAUUCUUUUGCUGUAUCAAGUAGAGUCUCAAUGAGUCAAGUGCUAUUUUAUGAAAAAUGUCAUGUGUUAUUUUAUGAAAAAACUUUAACUUAUAGCCAUCAUGAAUAACUUUUGAUGUUUCUGCUAUAUCUGUUUUUUCCAGUAGUAGUUCUGUGCGAGUUUUUGCAAAAAUAAGGAUGGUUUGACUAAAAUAUUAUCCUAAUGCAUGUAUAUUUCAUUGAA